ACUUUCACAAUCAAAUCAACUGGGGUGUGUUUAGUAUCUACUGCACAUAUAAAUGAAAGCUGCAUUAUCUUUGUUAUAUAGUCAUUUAUCGUCCUGUGAGGAUUCGGUGCAUAUCCCUAUCGAUAAACGACGGUAGUCGAAUCGUAGACUAUUAGCUGUGCGCUUCCUAGCUUUGAAUAUCUGAAUGCUAUUGAAUUUCUUAUCAGUAUAACAAAGUGAAAGUGAUUAUUUAGUGGCAAUCUCGUUAGAAUUUGGUGCAUGUAUAUUGCUGGUGUAAAUUACGAAAGUUCCGCCCAGUAAAAUAAUGUACGGUGCAAUAUAAACAGCUUUGAAGUAUUUUCGUCAAAACCGUAUUAAAAGUGCAUCAUUUUCAAAACUUGCAGGUUAAAGAUGAUACAUCGAAUGCAAAUCGCGGCUGUACUUCUUGCUACGGUGUUACUGUUAGUGAAUAGCAUACUUGGCGAAAAUGUUACCUCUAUCAUACCACCGACAAUGCAAAGUACGUCUGAUAUAGCCCACACAACCACCGGUCUAGCACAUACGACACAACAGCAUCAACAUUACCAGUAUGCAACAUCGACUGUGCAGCUAAACACACUUCCUACCGAACAGACGGGCUCGUUUGCCGUUGGCCAGCCGGGUGGAACCGUCGCAGGAUUGUAUGUUAGACCCACCAUUGAUCCUAUGUCCACACAGCAAUCGACCGUUUCUCCGCUGUAUAUAUCGAACAUGUCUGCUUCCUUUGCACCGGCAACUCAAAUAUCCUUACGGCAAGAUUUAGUCGAUAGCUUGCCGGUCGACGUUUUGCAGAUCGAGGAAAAGCAGCUUGGGCCGGGAGGGCCAAAUCAGGCGGAAAGCGUGGGCAUUCAGCGAGCGCUGUGUUGGCUGAGGGAGAAACGGUUGCCCGACUACAGUUGGGGCAACGACACGCACAUGGUAAUUCUGGCCAAAGAGUUGUCCGGUGCCCGCGACCCAACGGAUAAUGAUAAUCCUAUACAGGCGGUAUCAGACUUGGAGAACCUGUUGUCCAUCAAGCAGAUGGAUAUUGAGGUGUUGACGAUGCUCGACCGGCAUCAUGCUACAGCGAAGCUACCGCAUACCGAUCACAUUGCCAAGUACAUCUUGGCCAUGGGAGGUCUCUGCAAGGAUGCACGUCAUUUUUACGGUCACGAUUUGGUAGCCGCACUGGAGCAUCAUGAGCAUGAUCAGGGACAAGAGUAUGAGUUUGCGUUGACAGCACUAGCCAUAUGCAGUUCUGCCACACAUGUGCGAAAGCGUCAAAUUCGACGACUGUUGGACAUAGCUAGCGGAGAGGUGAACGAUGUUGAUACGAUUGCCAUGGUGUUGUUGGCACUCCGUUGCAUAGUAACCGAUCAUCGCCACCGACAUUUGCAACAUUUUGUUCGUCGUCCUGCUAGGGGUUUGGCUAGCUUGCAGGGGCCGCAGGGUAGCUUUGGUUCGCUGCGGAGCACGGCGCUAGCCAUGCAGGCGCUGCAAGAUUUGGAACCCGAUCCCGCCGGCAAAUGGAAUCGAACUGCCGCAUCAGAGUGGUUACUGGCUAAGCAACGUACCGACGGAGGCUGGACGGAGGAACCGCUGCAAGAUGGACAGGAUCCUAGCAUUGGCAUCGGAUUAACAGCUGAUAUCGUACUUGCGCUUGGUUGGCGGGGAUUGGGAGCCGUUCGAGCGCUGCAAUGUGAUCACGUAAUGCGCGAAUCCAACGAACCUUCGGAAAAUGGCGAGCCGAAGCUAGCUGCCCCGGUUGGGCUCGGUAUAUCGCCCGUAGAAGAGCUGGAACCAAGAAACGUUUCAUAUACGUACACCCUGUGGGUGGGUACAAACGAAACUGAGGAGUAUUUCCUCGAUUUGACGUCACCGAAAAAUACAACAUUCUUCCGAGCCAUGAAGCAAGCGGCAGAAAUAGACCCUAGGUUUUCGUUUGAAGCACGUGAAUGGCCCAACGGACACUACGUUCACACGCUGGCUGGAAUGAAGGAGGAACCGAAAAGCUAUCACUUUUGGCUGCUAUAUCGCUUACCCGAAAGGCCAGACACAAAAAAUCCGCCUGGUAAUCAGCUAAUAGCUCCGCUAGGGGUGGAUGAGCUGUUAGUUGAAGAUGGAGAACACUAUCUCUACUGGUACAAAAAGCUUUAAGCUUUGAUUUUCUUCGAUUCUACAAAUCUGAGAAGAAUAGUAAGCAAUAAGAAACAACAAGUAACUUCAGCGCCACCAAUAGUAUUGAUCAACAGUAGCAGCGAUUACAACAGCAAUAAAGUAUGUAACAAAUGCAAAUAAAGCGGUUGCAGCUUUCUGUAUGAGACUGGAAAUGAGCAAAGCUGCAGCAUCUCUGAAUGUAGGUUAGAUGAUCAAAAGUACACAACAUCACGAAUUUUGCGAUGAGCAAUGUUUCCAACUUUCCAGCACAACAUACGAUCUAGUUACAAAGUUAGGUUGAAUAUGAGUGGUCAAAUGCUCAAACCGGUCCGAUCACGCGUCAGAUGAUACAUACAGAUGAUACUGACGCUUCAAGGAACAUCGUUUGCCCAAUAGUCAGGUUAAGAUGCUGACGAAGAGUACUCCGUAUAAUGAAAAAUAAUUGCGAUUAACGUAGUAAUACCAUAUAAAGUAUAUGUACCAGAAGAAAUACGGGACGGAGGAAGGAAGAUCAUGUGAAUCAACAGUCUUCUCUCCACUUGCAGGCAAGGGACGGAUGAGGGAAAAUUAAAUAAUAUGUGGACCAUCCGUAAAUGAGUAUAAAGGAAGAAUCUAAUGAAGCUAUGAACAAACACGAUAUAUUGAGCCACCUUACAAUCCAUAGGCGGUAUGAACAUGAUAUAACCGUAUACAAACAAUUAUACAAAAUAUACAUAAAUAUCUAUAUACAAAACCGUAAAUGAAUAUAUAUACACAUAUACAUAUACAGCCGUAAAAUAUACAUAUAAAUACAAUGCAAAUGCCGAAGCAUGGUAGGAAAGCUAAACAAUGGUAAAAACAAAACUAACCAGAAAGCCAUCGCUUGUAUGGUCAGCCAACAAAAAGCAAAAAGGUGGGCGCUUUUGUAAUUGCGCAGGAGUUUUUUUUUUAUUUGGCUAAUAACGGAUCUAGCGAAGUGAAUUAUUGCUCAAGCAGCACCAGCAAAUGAUGCACUCCAAAUUGACAAUAAUUAAAGCAUAAAGAAACAAAACAGAGAAAAAACGGUUCGCUAAACGGUAUAAGGAACGGUUCUAAUCGAGUAAAUAAUACGUUAAGAUCACGAACAGACACCAGCAAUGUAGGACUGUAAGAAGUUUUGUAGCCUCAGUAAUAGUGAUCAGGCAAAAGGGAACAACAACAUGGGUUGAGAUGAAGCGAAACGCGUUUUAGUGCAUUAAACCAAACACGAGAAAGAGUACAGCAAAGCCAAGUAGUAGAUUGUCUCGUUACAAUGAUGCUAAGUCGGUAAGUUUAGUUGGCGGAAUUAGAAACUGGUAUGGUAAAUGUGGUGGGACUGGGAUUCUUCUAUUCAUGAUGUUGUUUGAAUUUGCUAGCCCUGUCGCUUUAUUACAUUAUAACAUCUACAAUGUCAAACAUCGUAGCUGUAUGUUUGUGUUGAAGACAAUAUACAGUAUGACCUCACUAGGAGGAAUAAAGAUUCCGUACCAACUAGUGGAUGUGCAACUCGAUGGUUGGGUUGUUUGGCAGAUCGCGAAUGUGAUGAAUAAAUACGAAACUGAAAAAUUUUGUCCUCCAAACAUUUUUAAACCAAACUCAAAUUCAUCGCAAUGGCUUUCAUUAAAAGCUCUACGACUACCAUUCCGGGAUUUCUUUCUGUCAAAGCUACCUCGUUGGUUGGAUGACAAUUCCACUAUUGAGGUGUCAGCUAGUAAACAUUCCAACUAAAAAAGUCCCAACUAGUGAGGUAAUACUGUAAUUUACAUUAUGCUACGCAGCUCAAAUGAAGUUAAUGAUGGCAGUGAUCUGAUAUUGCAAGUAGGAAACUUUACCUAUAAUAAUAUUAUUUGCUGCGAUCAUGCAUAAACUGUUAUUGAGUUAAACAGUAAGACACUAACUAUGUUUCGACAUUCCUAAGUGCAAGCUAAUUUGAAUAGCUGAUAUGUUUCCUAUCUUAAUAAAAGACAACAGCAAGCCAACAAAAACGCAACACGUAGGGUCCAUCACGAUACUAAACAACAAUUCCACAUCCCAACAAAACAGAGACGUCUUAGGAGACCGCGCUGAAAGUAACUUCAUAUAGAAUUAUUAGCAAAGCGCUAAUCUAGCAUCACAUAGCAUGAUAGCAAAUAAGCAACGCAAUAAAUAAUAAUAAAAAGCUAUUAUUGUAUUGU